AUGGACACUGGCGCCAUGGGAAACAUCUUUGCAGAGACCUCGAAUGUGGAGACAUACGAUCUGGGAGCCAAUGCCUCGGGCUUACCGACCUCUAUGCAGGCUACAUAUGACGCUGCGCUCAUGCAAGGUGUUGAGACCAAGUUGUCACCGCGAGAUGCCUGGGGCAAUCCUAAGAUCCCGCGACUGGAGUUAUUUGAUCAAUCCACUGCUGACGCCGACGGAUGGGUGGAUGUCACCGAUGUCAAAACCGUCGAGACUUACAGCUCCCUGAUGGGCAUGCCUAUCAUUGGUGUUCCUAAGAAUGGCACCGCUGAGUUCUCAAUUGAGUCAUCAUACAUAGCGCUCGGUCUUCCUGCAGUCCAAUACAGCUCUCGAGUCGGCGGCACAUUGGGCCUCACCGUGACUUGCCCGGACUGCAUCAACUGGGCGCAUAACUACCACCCAGAUAACAUGACGGUGAUGCAGGCUCGCCAAUUACAGCUGAUGGGACCGCCUUUUCCACAGCCUAAUGCGACAGAACGAGAGAACGCAUCGUAUACGAAGGCGAACUACAUCCGCUUUGACCAAGAGUUUGGCGGAGAUGUUGGUCUGGCUCUCACUGAUGUAACACAAAAACUGGUUGAAACGACUAUAUUCUGCGACUCAGGAAACUGCCAAGCUACCAAGAUGCGAGUUCUGACAACGGACCAUCGACCAGAAAACAUCACCGCCUUUGACUGGUGGGGGACAUUUGCAUUAGAUAUGAUAACAGCGGCCUGUACAAGGGAGAGUUCUCAGACGGCCAGCCCUACCGAGUUCUUCCUCAAUGCCAGCUCGCAAAUCCCAAUCAAUCGCCAGGUUUUGUAUACCGGCGUUGCGAUGGCGGUCAACUUCAGCACGAUUAAUCCGAACGAUCUGUCGAACCGUGCUACGGCGCUGCUCAACACGGCGCUGCAGAUUUUCUAUUCACCUUUCGGCUUUGCUGGAAGCUUGCCCACCGAGAAUAUGACCAUCUACGGGCCGGCACAUAUACCAAGCAACGGAAUUAAUGAAACAAUCAAGGCUCUCGGGUUGGAUCCCGACGAGAUCGAUUAUACUUCGCUGAUAAUGACCAGCCAAACGAACAACGCACCCUUCAUCGGCGCCUCAACGAAUGCAAAAGUGAUCCUGUACACAGAGGUCUACAAACCUGACUAUGCAUGGGUCGUUAUCCUCGCACUGUCAUCAAUCGUCCUCUCGGCUACAGGCCUGCUAGGGAUCAUCAUGGGCUUGCGUACUACAGCGCCCGAUGUAUUCGAUCCGGUAAUGGCCCUGACUUACGACAACCCUUACCUCGGAAUGCCGAUGGGAGGCAGUACGCUCAGUGCUGCCGACAGGGCAAGGCUGAUGGCUUUCUUGAAGGUGCGGCUCGGCGAUAUACGAGGUGCCGACGAUGUUGGGAAGAUAGCGCUCGCGAGGACGGCAGAUACUCAUCCUCUGAUGCGCGGGCGGCUGUACGAGUAG